CAACUGUGCGGCAUAGCACGACAAUCUGACUAUUCUACACUGUGUGGGAUAUAAGACACGAGACACUACUGUUUCGAAGAAAAAGAGAGAAGAAAAGCGUAUUUGUUUGAAAAGAAGAAAAAUGGAGGACAAGGUUAACAGUGGAAACGCGGCCGUCGAGAUUGUCGAGAGCAAUGCUGCUCCGGCUAAGAAGACCACCAAGAGUAAGGCGAAGGCGCAGCAGCAGAAAAAAGUUUCGUCGCGACCACCAACCUCCGAGAUGGUAACAGCAGCUAUUAAGGAGCUGAAGGAUCGCAAGGGUUCGUCCUUCCAAGCGAUCAAAAAGUACAUUGUGUCGACCUAUAAAGUGGACGGUGAGAAGGUUACGCCGUUCAUCAAGAAAUAUUUGAAGACCGCUGUCUCCUCGGGUGCUGUUGUACAGACCAAGGGUAAGGGCGCCACCGGCUCUUUCAAACUGUCAACUGAUAAACCGAAACCCAAGUCCAAAGGAAAGACUCAAGGCGCCUCAGUUCAUUCGGACACGUGGAAAGCUGGGGGGGCUAAGAAGGAGAAGGUAGAGAAAACCAAGAAGUUGAGUGCCGUGAAGAAAACCGCAAUGAAAAAAGCUGCGGAGAGCCCGAAGAAACAACCCGCUCAGAAGAAGACUGUUGCCAAAGCUACUGUGAAGAAGAGCAAAGCUGCCACGGAAUCGAAAUCCCCGUCAAAAGCUAAAAAAGCGGUAAAAGCACCCGCGGCGAAGACCAAAACGCCCAAACCGAAGAAAGCGACAACAACGAAAGCCGUGAAGGCUGCUGCAAAAAAAUAAUUGUUCUGCAAAGGAUAUUAUUCACAAUUGGCCCUUUUCAGGGCCCAAAUUAUUUUCAACUAGGAACAAACUUGAAAAUUC